AUGUGCGAUAACAUAAAAGAAAAAUUAGAAUUGUUAUUUUGGAUUAGGCCAAAGAGGAGGCCUAGAUUCAUUGGGCCUAUCAAAUUUAUAAAGACGCGGCAUAGCGACUGCCUCAGAUCAUGGCUUCUCGGGCCACCUGCGAUGACGACUAGUAACAAAUUGGUAAAGUUGCUUGAGGAUAUCAUGGAUGACAUCAGAAUACUGAUAUUCAUGGAUACUAAGAAAGGAUGUGAUCAGAUCACUCGACAGCUCCGCAUGAAUGGUUGGUCUGCUCUCUCAAUUCAUGGAGACAAAAGUCAAGUAGAAAGGGAUUGGGUCCUCUCUAAGUUUAAAGCUAAUGACUGCAACAGAUGUUGCUGCUCAUGGUCUAGUAUGCUUGGGUAUUUCAAGGAGAUUGACUCUCCUCCACCUAGUAGAGGCUACCCAGAUGAGGAAUUGAGUGGGCAAGAGAAGAGAGAACUACCCAAGAGAAUGGAACUCAAAAUUGGACUUUUGGAAACUGGAAAUUGCAUUGCAAUUUUCAUUUAA